GACCGAGCAAAAGCGUAUAAAAGCUACAAACAUGAGACUUGGCUGAUUUAUUUGAGACAGCAAGCUCGCAGUCAACAUAUUGCAUUUGCUGUUAUAAACAGUUACUUCGCCAAUUUUCUCAUUGGACAAAAGAAUCACGCGCAUAAGCCGCUGCCAAUGGAAUCCACAGUAGCGAUCGCUGUCAUCGGCAGCGCGGUGAUCUUACUUGGUGGCAUCGCUAACGCGCAGAACCGUACCGCUUCCGUUGCGAAGCCAGCGGAAGGCAUCAUCGGCGAGCUGAACCGUACCGCAUCCGCCAAUAAUCGCACCGAAUCAGUCGGAAACCGCACCCAAACCGCCGGGAUGCCAACGACAGGCCGGGCCGCGACGCAGACGCUUUCCCAGUUAUUCAACAGCAUGGUACCCCCGUUCUCUCAGCCUUUCUGUCCCGAAUGGGAGGAAUCCCUCCGUGUGGGCUGCCCUUGCGGUGAAACACGCGGCAAAUGUGCCUUAUGCGACCCGACCUGCAGCAACCGCAAUCCCAAAUGUCCCGCCUCCUGCAAACCCGGAUGCGUGUGCCUGCCAGGAAAAGUUCGCACCGCCACCAAUGGCUGCCAGCCGGUGUCAAUUUGCCCGCCGCCGCCAACACCGAAACCGCCGGUCACAGUCCGGCCGCCCACUCUGAAGCCCACCACCACCCCCUACUGUGACCGAUACUGCAUGAUGGUCCAACCUGGGGCCCCUUGGACAUUUUGGAAAUAGAACCUUAAAGUUUUUUGCUUGCACUCACGUUUCCCGCGUAGAUUACAACUUCGCGAGUUCUGAGCCUUUCGAAAUUAACAAAGAGAGAAGGGAUUUAAAAGAACAGAAUUGUUUAUGUUCAGGAAGUAAACCAGUUCCUUUGUCGUUUUUACCCCAAAUUCGUGUUUUCUUCAAAAACAUUUUAUGUGUAAGGUCUCAGUUUUGAUCAGAAAUACAUCUGACCUUUAAAGUGGACAUUUCGUUUUAAGCUUGAAAGAAUUUUCGGGGGUUUGAGUUCAUUUUCCCUAAAAAUUCUUUUCUUUGUUUAACCCUGGCGUAGCGCGGAAUAAUAGUAAUACGUGAUGAGUCAUGACAUGUAUGGGAAAUUGAAAAUGAAA